AUGGACCAGUUUAAACCUCCAGCACCGCUAGUGCUAACCGGCAACAUCAGCGAGAAUUGGCGCCGAUGGGAGCAACGGUUUCAGCUUUAUAUGACGGCUACGGGAGCGGACACAAAAGCUGAACCAGUGAAGACAGCCAUUAUGCUGCAUACGGUCGGCGAGGAAGCGCUCGAGAUCUACAACACAAUGGACGUGUUUGUCGAAGCGGGUGAGGAUGGACAGCCCGCCAACAUAAAAGACACAGAGGUCAAGUUUAAAUUGGACACUGGGGCAGAUGCAAAUGUGCUACCUCUGAGCAUUUUGCAGAAGAUUCCGGGUCCUCAUCAGCUGCAACCCACACACAUCACACUCGUCGCCUAUGGAGGAACACGUCUGAAGCCGGAGGGCACCGUGAAACUUACCUGCGAUGUGGCCAGAACGACGACAGAUCUUCUGUUCUUCAUCACCAAGCACUCCUCCACUCCGAUCCUGGGCCGAGACGCAUGUGAACAGCUGCAGCUGGUGAAAAGAAUGCAGACCAUCGCACUCAAAGCGCCAGCCACGAAAGAGGAGCUAGUGGACGCCUACCCCUCCGUCUUCAGUGGGCUGGGACAGUUUCCUGGGGUGCACCACAUCCACACAGACCCACAUGUGGCCCCAGUUGUGCACGGCUGCAGAAAAAUCCCCAUUGCUGUCAUGGACCGGCUGAAAACGACGCUACAAGACCUCGUCGAAAGAGAUGUCAUCGCACCAGUGACGGAGCCCACAGAAUGGGUAAAUAGCCUUGUCAUCACAGAGAAGAAAAACGGGACACUCAGGGUGUGCUUGGACCCUCGAGACCUGAAUGAGGCGAUCAAGAGACAGCACUUCUCAAUACCAACCCCAGAAGAAGUACUACACCGGCUGUCAGGGAAAACCAUCUUCUCCAUCCUAGACGAAAAGGACGGAUACUGGCAAGUGAGUCUGGACCAGCCCUCAUCGAUGCUCUGCACAUUCAGCACGCCGUGGGGCAGGUUCCGCUUUAAGAGACUUCCUUUUGGCAUCAAGUCCGCCAGCGAAGUUUUCCAGCAAAAGAACUGUGAGACAUUCGGCAACAUUGAAGGAGUGCACAUCAUUGCAGACGACAUGAUCAUCGCCGCUGCGUCUGAAGAAGAGCAUGAUGCCAUUCUACAAAAAGUAAUGGACACUGCACAGAAAAACAACAUCAAAUUCAACAAAGACAAAAUACAGUACAAAGUGGACUCAGUCAAAUACAUGGGCCAUGUAGUCACCACGAAGGGAGUGAAGCCGAACGAGUCCAAGGUGUUCGCCAUCAGAGACAUGCCGCAGCCAGACGACAAGAAAGCACUACAGAGACUGCUGGGAAUGACAAGGUACCUCUGCCAAUACAUCCCAAAUGAAGCCAGCAUCACAAGCCCACUCAGAGAGCUGCUACGAAAGGACGCUGCCUGGCACUGGAGCCACCAACACACCGCUGCAUUGGAGAAGCUCAAGACCGCCCUCAUGCAAGCCCCAGUACUCCAGUUCUACGACCAGAGCAAGCCACUCGCCAUACAGUGCGACGCAUCGAAAGACGGACUCGGCGCCUGUCUGCUGCAGGAAGGUAGGCCACUGUCUUAUGCAUCACGAGCACUCACAGACUCUGAGAAGAAUUAUGCUCAGAUAGAGAAAGAGCUGCUGGCAAUUGUGUUUUCCACCAAACGCUUUCACCAGUAUGUCUAUGGCAACACAGUGACUGUACAAUCCGACCAUAAGCCCCUAGAAGUCAUCUUCAAAAAACACCUGAGCAAGGCACCAGGACGACUCCAGCGCAUGCUAUUGCAGCUCCAACGCUAUGACCUGAGAAUCGUCUACACAGCAGGCAAGGAGAUGCACGUCGCAGAUACCCUGUCCCGCGCUGUUGUCAGUGACUGCAAGGAUGACGUGAAGGAAGACCUGUUCGAGGAGAGAGUAGUGCACGCAAUGGAGGCCACAGCCGCACUCGACGAAGACACACUCUCAAAGCUCAAGGGGGCCACGGCGACAGACAGCACACUGCAACAGGUGAUUGAGCUACACAAGAAAGGCUGGCCGAGGCGACAGCGCAGUGUUCCCACCAACCUACACCGGUACUGGUCGAUGCGACACAACAUCAGCAUCAGGGAUGGCAUCCUGAUGACUGGUGACAAGAUUGUGAUCCCACAGAGUGUGAAGGAGCAGAUGCUUGACAGACUGCAUCUCGCACACCAGGGGAUACUGCGGUCGAAAGCGCACGCAAGAAAGGUGAUGUACUGGCCAGGUAUGAAGCACGACAUCGAAAACCAGGUGGAGAAAUGCCGCCCAUGCCAACAAAACCAGCCACAAAAUCAGAAAGAACCCCUGAUUCCACACGAGAUACCUGAGCUGCCAUGGCUGAAGAUUGGUGCAGACAUCUUUGAGCUACACGGACAGUCAUAUCUCCUGAUGGUGGACUACAUGUCAAAAUACCCAGAAGUGCUCAACUUACCUGACAAAACCGCCCACACAGUCAUACGCAAAAUGAAGACCAUCUUCGCCAGACAUGGAAUCCCGAAGGAGCUGGUAAGCGAUCACGUCCCUUUCGCCAGCUCUGAAAUGCGACAGUUUGCAUCGUCGUGGGGCAUAAAACUCAUCCACUCCAGCCCUGGAUAUCCACAGUCAAACGGCCUAGCAGAGAGAAUGGUAAAGACUGUGAAACAUGCACUUAAAAAAGCAACACAGGCCGGCACAGACCCGCACUUAGCUCUCCUGUCACUACGCAACACUCCAGUGACUGGAACAGAGUUCUCACCAGCACAAGUCCUGAUGGGAAGAGUACUGCGAAGCACCCUGCCGACUUCCACAGCUGUUCUGCAACCAGCUGUGCCACACGGAUUCCACUCACGGCUGAAAGACCUACAAGCCAGGCAAGUGCACUACUACAACCACAACACAAAGACACUGCCAGAGUUUGCUCCUGGUACUACAGUGCACAUGUCAACACGUCGUGGCUGGGAACCAGCUACAGUCCUGCACAAGCGAGAGGAACCACGUGCAUACAACGUCCAGACACCCAGUGGUGUCACGUUCCGGAGAAAUCGACGUCAUCUGCGGAGAAUCCACCCCAGUCUUCAUCGAGAGGACGACGACGAUCUUCCAGAGCAGCCCAUCGCUUCACAGAGAGAGGACAGCACAUCACAGGCCCAGCGAGACCAACGCACACCAGCCUGUGAACCAUCCAGUCCCACUCCAGCUGCGCCCACCUACAGCACCAGAAGUGGGAGACUCGUGAAGAUUCCUGCAAGGUUCAAGGACUAUGAGUUGAAAUAA